AUGGUUUUGUCUUCGGCUCAAAACGAGGGAAAAGAUAAUGCAAGUGCAUCAGAUGUGCUCCAUCUAAACGAAAUCAGAGAGGCCAUGCAGAAGCAGGAAAAAGCGCGAAGCCAGCGCUGCGGGGUGUGCGGAAGCACAGAGCAUGUGGCUGCCCAGUGCGCCCGAGCAAAAAAGCAAGAGGAGGAGAGCGUGGACAGGGAAAACGGCAGCCAAAGAAGCCCGAGCAUUGACAUCGACAUGCGCAUAGGAAGCAUCAGCACGCAGUGCAAGCUGGUUUCCAGCUCAGACCUCAACACAAUGAGCUGGAAGCUAUACACGGAGCUUACGCGCACAGAUAGCAUCAUCCGGGACGUGCCAACCCUCCGCAAGAUCCGGCUUCCGAUGCAGGCGGGAAGAGACUGCUCGUGCCGGGAGAUUCUGGUUCAAGUGGCAUGCAAGGGCAAGGAGAUAGGGACGCAUCUGUUCUAUGUGAUGCCCCCCAGCAGCACGCAGUACACAACCCUGAACGGAAACCUGUUUGGCCUGCUGGCGUCGCUGCAGCUGCUGGACGCGCAGGAGUGCAGCAGCGCCCGCUUUUGCGGGGUCCGGCAAAUUUCCAGCACAGGCUCUGGGUACACCGCAGCAUACCAUGCGUCUUUUGUUGAGAGCGUCGCCAAGCAAAGCGAGGGAGGCGGCAUGAAAGACAAGAAGAAGUGCACGUACCUUUCGCAGGACACGAUCUACAGCAUUCUGCAGGAGGUCGACCAGACCAAGAAAACAGGCGAAAUCUUGCCCGUCCACAUCAGCACAAAGCCCGGCGAAAUUGCGCACGAGUUCAAGCCGGUUUCCAAGCCCAAGGAAAAAAUUGCGAAGGAAAAGGUGCAGGAAAUGCUCCAGGAGGGGCUUAUCGAGGAGUGCAGGUCGUGCAAGUGGCUGUCCCCCGUCCACAUCGCAAAAAAAGACGACGGGGAGUGGCUGUUCUGCUUGAACAUGCGCGCGCUCAACGCGCUGACGGUGAAGGAGCCGCACACCAUCCCCAAGGUGUCUACGAUCAUCGACGACCUGCACGGAAUGAAGUACCUCUCCAAAAUAAAGCUGAAGAACAGCUGCUUUAUGGUGCCGCUGAAGAAGGAGUCCAUGCACAAAACCACGUUCAAGCUUGGGAAGUCCUUCUACCGGUUCAAAGUUCUCCCGCUGGGGUACAAGAACACGUCAAAAAUAUCGCAGCGCGUGGUUGAAAGCAUUUUGGUCGACUUUGUGGGGAGGUUCUGCCGGGUGUACAUGGACGACAUCCUUGUCUACUCCACCGACCUGGCCUCCCACGAGAAGCAUCUCAAAGAGGUUUUGAAAAAGUUCAAGCAGUACGGCAUGGAUAUAUUCUGGGAGAAGUGCGAGCUUGCAAAAACAGAAAUGAAUUUUCUGGGGUACCACAUCGAGCACAACACGGUGGGGCCGCUCGAGUCUAGAGUCCACUCGAUCAGCGAGUUUCCCGUGCCCAGAAACAAAAAGCAGCUUAGAAGGUUUAUGGGGCUGCUCGGAUACGACCGGAGGUUUUUGUACAACAUUUCAGAAACCCUGCUUCCUCUGAGCAUGCUGGCCAAAAAGAGCAUUCCGUGGUGCUGGAAGGACCUGCAGAGCAGCGCCUUUGAGGAGGCAAAGCGGAAACUCAUGAACACGCCCGGCCUGGCCGCCAUAAACAUCAACAAAAACUUCACGCUGGAGGUUGACGCAAACUAUGCAACUAUUUGCGCUGUGUUGGUCCAGGAAAACCGGGCGGUUGGGUACUACUCGAAGAUUUUGACAGACGUGCAGAAGAGGUACGCCGACGCCGAGAAAAAGAUUCUUUCCAUUGUUUGGGGCUGCAGCAAGUGUGCGCGGUACCUCUACGAAAGAGAGUUCUACCUGCAGGCCGACCACCAAGUCCUUGCCUACUACCAGAAAAACCCCGAGGAUGCAAGCGCGCGCAUGAAAAAGUGGAUUGACACGCUGAAGCAGCACAGGUUCUUCCCGAAGUACAAGCAGAAAAAAUAG